AAGAGAAAAGAGACUUUCCAAAGCCAGCCCCACUGUGUGUGUGUGUGUGUGGGAGGACGAGAACGACGAUGUCUCUGUUGCAUUCGCUUUUGACACUCUCUCUUCUGUUCUCUUCAUCUCUAGCCUUCCGAUCCGAUGAACUCCUCAUCGACGACGAGGAGUUCGGUCUGGAAGGAGGAGUGCAAGGGCACCCUAAGUCCCCUGCUGUCGCGCAAACCCGAUCAUCCCCACCUCCUUCAACGGCGACGACCACCCGGAAGAGGUAUUCGGACUCGGACCAGGACUCCAAGAUCCAGUUCUCACUCGAGCACGCCUUUGGAGACUCCGAGUUCUCGCCUGCUGGGACCUUCACUGCUCGCCUCAAGACUUGGAACCAUGGCGGCCAGACUCUAACAAAGCUGCGUUUUUCGAGGAAUGAUUUUACUGAGUUGGAGAAGGAGAAGUUUCAAAAUGUACUGAAAGGAGAUGACUUCUAUAAAAUAAGGUUGCCAUCCAAUGUUUUGAGCCCCCCUGGGAGGGAGUUCAUUAUUUCCUCGGUGAAAGCAAGAUGUCUUCCGCGAGAAGGUUUGGAUGAACAUUUUGUUAUACACAUGGAAGGCAUCAACAUCUUGGCCGUUAAUUAUGGUUCGCCUGGGGCUUGUCCACAUCCCCGGCAAUUGAAACUUCCUACGAAGUGGUCUUUCAACUCGCACACAGUUUUGAAGAACACUGAGCAGGCACAAAGAACUCCAAUAUUUUCUGAAGAAAUACUUGGUGGGGAGAUUGGAGAGGGGGGUGAAGUUGUAAUGCCACCAGAAAGGUCCUUUUGGGCUAAAUAUUGGAUGUACCUUAUCCCUCUUGGACUCAUUGUCAUGAAUGCAAUAACCCAAGCAAUGAAUAUGCCGGAGGAACAGGCUGGCGGCCAGCCACAGCAGCCAGGGGCUGCAGUCCAGCGUGGGCCACCUGCUGCCGUGCGGAGAAGAUGAUGUAUUCGCUUGCCUCUAUCCUUUCUUUAACUUAUGUGAAAUCAUCUAGGAUGAGUUGAGCUAUAGAUUGGCCUUCGCUUCGAAUCUGUGUUUGGCAUCAUAAAAUUUUCAUUGAUUGUUCCAAUCAGAAAGCAUUCCAGUUAUUAGGAAAAUGAAUUCUAAAGCAUUUAGGAAGGGCAAUGCCCUGAAAAUCUGUACAAUUGCAAUUGAAUUCUAUGGGUAAUCGGAACAUGUCAACUGUAACUUGGAAACAUGUUAGUUAAAUGGAGCAUCCUGCCUCGGUUUUUUCUUCUUCAA